GGACAGUACAGGAGCCUGCUAUCCUCUCCAACGCAGUCCUUCGGUCGCCUCAACCGACCAUCUCGACGACUCCGAACUCGAUCAUCAACUGUCCAUUCGUCGCCCGCGCACUCGGCGCUCCCGCUGCCAACAUGGUCUACGACUGGGAGAACAAGGAGGAGAUAUGUUACCGCAUGUACAUCGAGGAGAAGAAAUCGUUGGAGGAGAUCAUGGAGUAUAUGAAAACCGAACACAAGUUCGCUCCCAGCAAACGGGCCUUUCAGACGCAAUUCAAACGAUGGGAUUUCCCCUCGAAGCAGAAUCCCGCGCACAAGAAUGCCGCCCUCGUCCAACGCGUCAAAGAGCUAUGGGACUGUAAUACCUCCCAACGGGAGAUGCUUCGCACGCUGAACGAAGAGGGAUUCGACAUCAAGGAACGCGAGCUCAUGCGAGUACGAGCCAAGAAUCGAUGGCUGUUGCGCGUCCCCAAUGGGAUGAAAUCCAAGAAGAACGAUACAGACCAAGAAGUUAUCAACCAGCUGCAGCAGGCCUUGUACCCCGACGGACAGCUAGCAGAUGCCGAGGGGGAGGACGAGCCCGUGGAGAUGUCGAUGCCUAUGCAACCCACGUCUCGUCCCGUACGAGCUGAAUCUCCCCCACUCAGCCCCGAGGUAUUGCAGAAGAGACAGGAACGGCUGGCCAAGCUUCAGGCCGAAUCCGCAGAGCGCUGGGCUACACGAAAGCGUCGCCGCCGAACUCGUGGCUGGGCCGGUCUGCCCGCUGAUCCUCCUGGACCUCCUCGUUUCCCCUCCGAAACCACUAUCGAUGAGAGCAAGGCUUUCCUGAGUCUCGAUAACCGGCUUUAUCGCGACAUUCGGGCUCGAUUCCAGCGUAUUUGUGAAGAGGCAGACAUCAUCAAGAAGACUAUUGCAGGUCCCGAGCGAUGGGAAGCUGCGAAGGAUAGGCUGAUCCAGGAAAGUCCACAUCUGCAGUCUGUAUUCUGGGGGAAUGAUGACAACCAGGAGGCAAAGAAGCUGGCGCUGGAUGUUGUUUGCAGCGAUGUUACCAAGAGGAUGCGAACACUGGAGCGGCGUAUGACAAUCGCGGAGGCCAAGAAUACCCUUGGCAUCAACCCAGAAGAGUCUCGCCAAUUGCGCAAUGCCUUCUACCAAACCCUCAAAGCGGAUCAUUUCACAAGCAAGCUCGAAGCCGGCGAGGAACAUUGGAAGGAGCUCAAGGCACAAUGGAUCAACGGUUCCCAGUUGCUGCAGAACAUUCUCGCUCCAGGAGAUGCUGAUCCCCGACACCAGGAGAAGGUCAAGGCCAUGGAAGUUCUCUGUAGAGAUGUUAUGAAGCGCCUUCGCGAUGACCAGACGAAGCGCGAUCCGACCAGGAAGAAGAAAUUCGAUUCUAACUACACUGCACCCGAACAAUCGAUGCAAGCUAUGCCACAGCCGAUACCACAGCCGAUGCCACAGGCUAUGCCACAGUUCAACGGCGGAAACGCCAACAAUGCUUUUCAACCUACUCAUCAUAACCUCGUCCAAACCGCAACACGAGCACAGGCUCAAUCUCAAGUGGUGCAGUCUCAGCCUCAGGCCCGUCCCCAGGCUCAAGCACAUCAAGUGCAACAGCCGCCACCGCAUCCACAGCAACACCCACAGGUCAUGAUGGAUCAUGGAAAUAUGCAAAUUGAUCCUUCGCUACUCCUUGCCGCUGCAAAUGACCCAUCACUGAUGAACCGAGGCAUGCAGAACAUGCAGAAUCAGUUCGCCGAGCAGCAAUAUGCUGAUCAGCAGUACGCUGCCCAAGCUGCGCAGGCCGACUUUCCUCCUUCACCAUCAUCGAUCGCCGUCUAUUUCCGGUUACAUCCUGCUUCGGAUGUUCAAUCGAAUUCUCGGCUGUGGGUGAGCACACUCAGCAUGGCUUCAGUGGAUGAAUUACGACAGUUGGCGUCGGUCAAAUUCCCGGGGACGAUCGCUAUCCGCAUCGAAGGUGUCAUCAAGCAACCAAACGGACAUGAGAUGACCCUGCCGAUCGAUUCUGAUGAGGAGUUGGAGGCUUACUUGGCGGCCAUCAGCGGCGUGAAGCCUAUUUUCACCGUUCAGCUGGUGGCUGCAUGGAAGAACGGGUAGUUUUGCGAUUGGAGGUUGCCAGUUUUGGGUUUAUUGUGAGAGUACAUUCUAGCCGGAUUCGUGCCUUGUUAUUGCUACCAUGGAAGAUGGAUUACUUGGCGGUGUUAGAUUGGUGGCGUCCGAGGUGUUGCUGAUGGGAUGCUUCUUUUGCCAGGGAGCGGCUUUGAGCUUCAGUGCUAUUUUUGUUAAUGCGAAGUCGGCGCAUAGCUAGGUAUACUACUUUCACACAAGAUGAAUAAUGGAGAGAAUCAAAGAUUCCGAGG